AUGGGUACCUGCUCGGUGACUAUGAUGUACAACUUACCCGCGUCGUGGAAAGUUUGCAUGCGGUGUUUUGCAUGGGAUAACAAAAGGAUUUAAAAGUCAUUCUUCUCCUCCUCCUUUUCCUCUCAAUUUAGACACUACGGAGAUCGGAUUAUGGAGGUUUUAUGUCUUAGGGUAGCUGGUUAGAUUUAUUAUUAUUUUUUUAUUUAAAUCGGUUCACCUUUCGCUACUGUUGUAAGCUGAAAGUAAGCUUUACAGUUCGUAUUUUGUGUCCCGAACGUAAUGAGUUUCAUCAAACGAGUAUGGAAGCACAAAGAUGCCCUGAUUGUUCUUCUUACUCCUCUCCUUCUGCUGCCUUUGCCAGUGGUAGUUCAAACAAAGGAAGCUGCAUGUGCCUACACUUUGUUGAUAACUGCUACUUACUGGAUUUCCGAAGCCGUUCCGCUUGGUGCAGCUGCUGUUGUUCCAGCCUUUCUAUUUCCCAUAUUUGGAAUUCUGAAAUCCAGUCAGGUGGCGGCUGAGUACUUCAAAGAUAUUCACUUGCUUUUGUUUGGAGUAGUCUGCCUUGCAGCAGCAAUUGAGAAGUGGAAUCUGCAUAAAAGGAUUGCUCUCCGAAUGGUGCUUGCUGUUGGUCCAAAUCCUGGCAGUUUAAUGCUUGGUUUCAUGGGGUGCACAGCCUUUCUGUCCAUGUGGCUCAGCAAUACCUCUACCGCUGCCAUGGUAAUGCCCAUUGCUGAAGCAGUUCUCUGCCAGCUGAGAAAUUCAAGGCCUGAAAUUAAGACCACAAUGAAAUGUGCUUCAAAAGAGGAUGGUGUUGAAUUUGAAAAUGAUAACAGUAAUGAUCAGAAGAAAAGGCUGGAAACUUCUUGUGAGAGCAAUGGCAUAAUGGAAUUUUGCACUGUUAGCACUGGUGAUUUUGAUGAGGAAAAACAACCUUUUCGAGGAUUCACCUCUACCAAUAAGACGACUGGGCAGCCAUACAAGACCAAGAAGGACCACAUGAUGUGCAAAGCACUUUCUCUCAGUAUUGCGUAUUCCUCAACUAUUGGUGGGAUGACAACAAUUACUGGGACUUCAACUAAUUUAAUUUUUGCUGAGCAGUUUGAUACACGUUACCCUGAUUGCAAAUGCAUCAAUUUUGGAUCCUGGUUUAUCUUCUCCUUCCCUGCUGCAGUAAUAAUUCUUAUUUUCUCCUGGAUCUGGAUGUACUGGCUUUUUCUUGAUCUAAAUUUAAAGGAAUUAUUUCCCUUUAAAAGGAAGAAAGUCAGCAAGAAAGAAGAUGUCUCUAGAAAAUUAAUUAAAGAAGAAUAUGACAGAUUAGGAGGCAUUAGUUACCAAGAGAUUAUUACCUUAGUUAUCUUUACUUUGAUGGCACUGUCAUGGUUUACAAGGGACCCGGGGUUUAUACCAGGUUGGGAGUCCUUGUUUGGUCCGAAGGGGUUCAAAACUGAUGCCACAUCAGGAGUGCUUUUAGGAUUUUUAUUAUUUAUUAUUCCUUCAAAGAAGCCAAAACUUUUUUCUUGGCCUUUCAAAGGUGGAGAAUCAAAAACUGAUGAUGACUCACCAUCAGAACCGAUGAUUUCUUGGAGAGAGUUUGAAAGUGCCAUGCCUUGGCAAAUUGUAAUCUUGGUUGGCGGAGGCUUUGCUCUGGCAAAGGGCUGCCAGGAUUCCGGUCUGUCAAACUUGAUAGGAAGCAAACUAGAGCCUUUAAGCAACCUUCCUGUGUGGGUGACCAUACUCUUGACCUGCCUCAUUGUAACAACAGUAACAGAAGUGGCGAGCAACCCUGCCACUAUUACAAUCUUUCAGCCCAUUUUAUGUACUCUGGCUGAAGGAAUAAACGUGAAUCCUCUCUUUAUCGUUAUUCCUGCAACAAUUAGCACCUCAUGUGCCUUUCUUUUGCCUGUUGCCAAUCCGCCAAACGCUAUUGUUUUUUCAUAUGGACACCUAAAAGUGUUGGACAUGGUGAAAGCUGGCCUUGGAGUGAACAUUAUCAGUAUUAUCUGUGUCUUGCUAGCAGUGUUUCUCUGGGGAGUCCCCUUGUUUAAUCUGAACAGUUUCCCUAAAUGGGCACCUUUGAAGAAUGUAACAUUGUCUCCUUGAAAUUCCUACUUCUCUUCCUUGGACAUAAUAAAAUGCUCAUUGGUUGAAGCCUUCUCUCAAACCACAACAUCUGGCAUCACUUUUUUGAGGAGUGUGUGUGGGAUGUGCAUGGGGUUUAAUUUUAUAGCCACUCAGUAGGAGACUGGUGGAGGAGUCAUAGAAGAGCACUUUUCAAAUAGACAUUGCUUACAAUAAAAUAGUUUAUAGUAGAUUUAUAAAUAAGAAUAUGCUACACUAGUUAUGUAAAUUAUGUACCAUUAAAAUCUGCAAAUUUUGUUCAUAUUGUGGUUAAUAUGGAAAGUAAAAUCAUUACCAGUCUGCUGUGAUUUUUGAUACACACUGACUUUUGGUACCACUGUAUGUUCGCUAUGAAGAUUUAGUGUAACGUGUCAUGUUAUCAGGGAUUUGGGGCAUACUGGUCUAUUUAAAAACAAAACGUGGUAGAUUGUUUAACCUUUUAUGAAGACAUAAGAUUAAAACUGAAAAUGAAAUUGUAAUAUCUGUGUAGGUAAGUUGAUAGUCAAAUGAAAUUUGCUACUGUCUCAUGAAUUAUUGCCAAUGUUUUUUUAUUAAACUUGUUCAGCUUAA